AUGGAUCCCAACUAUCCCAACUCGGCCCUCUGGAGCGGCCAGGCGCCGUCCCCUGAGAAGUCGAGCCAGCUCCUGAUCCGCGAAUACCCUCACCGGGCCAUUGCCAUUGUCUCCAACGACCACGCCCUCAUCUUCCGCCACAGCCCGACCACCAGCGAGUCCAUCGCCAAUGGCUCUCUCUCCUCCAUUCCUUCUGCUCGGCCCCGCGCCGGCACAGGCAUGAGCGCAACCGAUAGCUUUGCCUCAAAGUGCAUGGUCGAGUUCACCCAGGUCACCAGGAACACCCUCAGCGAUUACCGACCCCUGACACCGCGGCCGAUUUACGGGACACUUGGGCUGAUAUCCGUCGGCCGAGAUGUCUUCCUCUGUGUCAUCACACACGCCUCGCGAGUAUCGACAUUGCGCCCCGGAGAGACCAUCGAACGCAUCCUGGCCGUCGAGUUCUAUGGCCUCAACACCUCCGAGUACGACGAUGUGUUCUCCGCCAUCGAUCCAUACGAGCUUGAAAUGUCGGACGCCGCAGCCACGUACGGGCAGCCACUCAACAGGAGGGAAGGCGUUGAACACCCCUGCGUGGAUGUACAGAAGCUCUUGAGCAAUGGGAGCUUUUACUACAGCACCGAUUUCGACCUGACGAACCGGCUGCAGGACAGGCCUGCGGACGCGAAUACCUUCGACAUUGACAACUUCGACGAGGGGUUCCUCUGGAAUUCGUACAUGAUCAGCCCUCUUGUGCAGUUUCGGUCGCGGCUGAUGCCACACGAAAGGGAGACGCUCGACGCAUCACGGAUAUUGACUUCGGCCAUACGGGGGUUUUGUUUGACAAUGAACAUCCCUCAAUUAGUGGCACCCCUGAAGCCCGCAAGGUCGGGCAUGCCGUCCUAUUUAACUAUAAUAUCACGCCUUUCAUGUCGACGAGCUGGAACCCGCUUCAACUCGAGAGGCAUAGACGACGAUGGCAAUGUGGCCAAUUUUGUAGAGACAGAGACAAUCUACUGGAGCCCCUCAGGUGUCUUGUUCUCAUACGCGCAGGUUCGCGGCUCCGUGCCUGUGUUCUGGGAGCAGGCUGCUGGGCUUUUGCCAGGCCAGCAGAAGAUCAGCAUAACGAGAUCCCCUGAUGGCACCCAGCCGGCUUUCAAUAAGCAUUUCCAGGACCUCGAGCACAAUUACGGCGCCGUCCAUGUCGUCAAUCUGCUAAGCGAGUCGAAGCCCGGCGAGGUCGAACUGAGCCAGCUCUAUCGCAAUGGCAUACUACACUGCCCUUUGAGUCGCGCGGGUGAAAAGCAUUCGAAUGAGCACGCGCUCCUGAGGGGGACGGAAUACGACUUCCACGCUGAAACCAAAGGGCCGACGGGCUAUGAGGCCGCUAGGGGAAUACGCCGGUACAUUGAGGGCUCAGCAGAAGGCUUUGCCUACUAUCUCGCAGAGGAGACAGAUAGCCCUGGUGAGACUGUGAAUGGCACGGCGCACAUCAACCGGCGUUAUGUGGUUGUGCUCCAACAGGAAGGCGUCUUCAGGACAAAUUGCCUUGACUGCCUGGACCGCACGAAUCUGAUCCAAACCCUCGUGUCGCAAAUGGCUGUUGAGUCGUUCCUUGGCCAUCGUGAAGAAUAUGCUUCCUCGGACUUUUGGAUGAGGCACUCGAGCCUGUGGGCUGACAAUGGCGACGCUCUAUCACGGAUUUACGCUGGCACCGGAGCUCUGAAAUCCUCCUUUACCCGUCAUGGAAAGAUGUCUCUGGCCGGCGCCAUUGCUGACGCACGGAAGUCAGCAACCAGGUUAUACAUCAACAAUUUCACUGACAAGCAAAGGCAAAACACCAUUGACAUGCUACUGGGCAGGCUCGUGGGCCAGCAACCAGUCUCACUUUACGACCCCAUCAAUGACUACGUCAACGCCGAGCUCAACAAGCGCAGUGCACAGUUCUCAUCCACGGAGAACAUCAGAAUCUUGGUUGGCACAUUUAACCUCAAUGGACGUACCCACGGCAUUGACGAGGACCUGUCUGCGUGGCUGUGCCCCGAAGAGAUCGGGGAUACACAACCUGAGAUUAUUGUAGUUGGAUUUCAAGAGAUUGUUGAGCUGAGCCCGCAACAAAUCAUGAAUAGCGACCCAACUAGGAAACAACUAUGGGAGCAAGCCGUGCGGGCGACUCUGAACACCCGAGCCCAAGAAAUCGGCGGCGAGAAAUACGUGGUCUUGCGGAGUGGACAGCUUGUCGGCGCGGCGUUGUGCAUCUUCGUGAGACAAUCCGUCCUUGCCAACAUCAAAAACGUCGAGGGCUCUGUGAAGAAGACAGGAAUGUCUGGCAUGGCUGGCAACAAAGGUGCAGUGGCUAUCAGGCUAGAUUAUGCCAACACUCAGAUAUGUUUUGUCACUGCACAUUUGGCGGCCGGCUUCGCCAACUACGAUGAGAGGAACAAGGACUAUGCCACGAUCAGCAACGGAUUACGCUUCCAACGAAAUAGGAGCAUUGACGAUCACGAUACUGUCAUCUGGCUUGGUGAUUUCAAUUAUCGAGUCGGACUAGGUUGGGAGAGAGCCAUGGAGCUGGUACAAAAGCGUGACUUGGAGAGGUUAUACGAAAAUGACCAGCUGAACCUACAAAUGGUGGCUGGUCUAUCAUUUCCCUUCUACUCAGAAGCGAGGAUCACCUUCAUGCCUACAUACAAAUUCGACAUUGGAACGGAUACGUAUGACUCCUCUGAGAAAGCUCGCAUCCCGGCCUGGACAGACCGCAUCCUGCGCAAGGGCCCCAACCUCCGGCAGCUGGCAUACAAUUGUGCACCACUCAGAUUCUCAGACCACAGGCCUGUCUAUGCCCUCUUCGACUGCACCGUGAGCAUCGUGGACGAGCCGCACCGAGACAGGAUCAGCCGUGAUAUCUACCUACGACGGAAGGCAGAGGUGGGGGAUGCCACAGCAAACGUCAAUACCGAGGACACAGAAGAUGAGGACCUGAUUGGCUACGACGCUAUAGAACCUGGACUGCCUCCAGCCAGUUCUGAUCGCCAGAAAUGGUGGUUGGACUAUGGCAAACUGGCUCAGUCCUCAAUCGCGCCUCCAAGAGGCUUGGACGGAUCGACCUCAACGAUUCUAAAUCCCAAUCGACAACCCAAUCCGUUUGCCCCGUCAGACGAGCCCGACUGGGUCACAGUUCCGCGGGCAGAUUCGAGGCUAUCAUCCUUCUCCAGUAUGUCUACGUCGCCCUAUGAACAUAUCAAUCAUUCUACCUUACUGGCCUCUUCUGUUUCAAGCACCCCUCCACAAAGGAAACUGCCACCUCCUUACGACCCAUCAGCUCUGCCUGCCAGAGUAGGAAGACUGGCCCUGAAUGAAGAACAAAACACACUACAAUUCAAAAAGCUAGACACACCGCCAGCACCGCCACCAGCUAGAAAACCAUUGACGCAGACACCAUCUUUCCCUCCGCCGCCCAAUCAGACUCCUGUCCCCGGUAUCAUCAAUCAAGCGAGGAAACAGGCACCGAUUCCACCGCCGCCCCGGUCAGCUUCCACGGUCUCUGCAUCGUCUCAGAAGACGGCCAAGGGCCCGCCGCCGGUCGCCAGGAAGCCAGCGCACCUGCUUUCCACCUCGCCAACUGGGCCAGAUCUAGAAACGUCGCCUUCUACUGAGUCCAAAGCCAAACCCAUACCGCCUCGACGGCCCUCAAGCAGCGUGCAAAACGUGUCCCGCGCAGCCAUACGCGACAGCCUGCAUCGCACUGCGUCCGCAAGAGAGUCUUACAAUCGCAAUCAUGAGCAGCCGCCUCCGCCUCCGCCUCGUAGGGCAGGUACUUCUUCCGCAGCGUCGGGCGCCCCUGGCUGGGCUCCGCCUGGCGCUGUAGGCCUAGUUGGGCUGUCUAAGGAGGGUCGCCCGACACUGCCGACUAGGAAGCCGGUACCGGGCACAAUCUCCCCGACCAGCUCAUCAGGUCGGUCAGCCCCUAUACCUGCUCCAAAGAAGCCUGGCUUGAAUGCCAGGAGUCCUGUGGUGGAUCUGCUAGGCGACGACGGAGCCGCUGUUGGGGGCUGGGAAGCCCUGAAGCCUUCUUAG